AUGGCUGCUGAUAUGUUGUGUCUUGAACUCCUCUCUUCUUUCACACCUCAUUCUCUCAAAAUUGUAGUUACCUAUCGACCCCCGGUUUCUGCUAAGACUGAUGAUGAUACCUUGUUUGAUGGUAUUUUUGAACUCUGCCUUUCGUCUCCUAAAAUCACAAUUGUGGGCAACUUUAAUGUUGACAUGAAUAAACAUUGCAAUUCCACUACUGAACGCUUCGAAACUUUAUUGGAAAGUUGUGAUCUGGCCCAAAACAUUGAUGCUCCCACUCGUUUAUGUUCCAUUCUCAACCUCGUUCUUUCUUUCGGAUAUAGUAUCAGUGAUAUCGAAAUUCUGCCUCCCUUUGCCAAUUCCGAUCAUAAUAUUGUUUCUUUCAACUUCGACAUUAAUAUCGAUCAACACCCCUAUCUGCCCUUGUCAGAUUUCAGUCGUGUAAUCUAUUCCGAGUUACGCAAAUUUCUCGCUCGCGUGGACUGGCUGGAAGUUUUCGACAACUAUCAGUCGGUUGCAGCAUGUAUCGCCGUUUUUGCCCAGUGA